AUGUCGUCCACCAGCAACGCCUCCAUUGACAAGUUCAACGGAGACAAUUACGCAACGUGGAGCCGGUACAUGCGCGGUGUGUUUUUGACGAAGUCCGUCUGGCACGUUGUCAACCGUGAAGUGACUCCGACUUUCACCGACCCGCGAGCGUCCGAUGACUACGUCAAGGCAAGCAACGUCGCGUUUGGUAUGAUGCUGCUGCACAUGAAAGCGGACUACCAUCAUGUGCUGGACAACUGCGAGGAAGCCUGGGUUGCGUGGACAAGUCUGAAGACGCUGUACGGUGGGUCGCAGAAGGCAGGACACAUCUACCUCAAGCGACAACUUUUCAGUAUCAAGAUGGCUGAAGGCGCGAACGUCAUGCAUCACUGCAACGAGGUCCUCAACAUCUCCGCCAAGCUUAGCGGCAUCGGUGCGAAGAUGGAAGACGAAGACGUUGCAAUUUGUCUGCUACUCAGUCUUCCGAAGAGCUACGAAAAUGUGGUGCUCAACAUGGAAAUGAGCAGCACCGAGCUUCGCACUCAAGAUGUGGUGAGAGUCCUGACGAAUGAGCAUGCCAAGCGUCAAGGAGAAAAAGGGACAACGACAGCGACUACGGUGAAGGCUGAAGAUGCAAGCAAGGCAUUCAGCGCCGAGCAAGAACGAAGGUCGGGGGAGCCCGACGCGGCGGCAAUGGUCGUGGACGCGGGGGCUAACAAUGUCCAGUGGGGACAUCAUGAUGAAGGUAAUGGCUACGAUCGAGUGGCGUUUGCAGUCUCGUUUGAAUGUGGAGUUUCGACGAGCAUGGACGUGUCUGGAAUGUGGGCCGUCGACAGUGGUGCAACGCACCACAUUUGCCACGACAAGACCAAGUUCGCAAGUUUGGCAGAGCGCAAUGAGGGCGAACUCUUGGUGGCUGAUGGCAACAAGGUGGCCAUCAAGGGUGUGGGAACCAUCAUGGAAAAGGUGGUUCUGCCCAACGGUGAAGAGCGUGAGAUCGAAAUCAAGAACGCGCUAUAUGUUCCAAGUAUGAGCAAGAACCUGCUCUCGGUACCACAGAUUAACAGCCAUGGCAAGUUUCAAGUCGUGUUUGACGGGUCCAAGAUGUAUGUGACUCUCAAGAACUCACAGCAAGUGGUGGCGACAGCGGAUCUCGUGGAUGGACUCUACUGGCUUCGGACGACUCAACGAUCAGCGAAUGUGACAACAAGUGGAACCAGUUGUGCCGAUCUACAUGCGAGAAUGGGUCAUGCUCCAGUCGAUGUACUUCGCAAGAUGAUCGCGACCAACAUGAUCAAGGAUGUGCGAGUCCCUCUCAAGUCGGGUGGAGCAACUACAUGUCGAGGAUGUCAACAAGGGAGAAUGGUCCAAAAACCAUUUCCAAGCAACCGAGACAAGCGCAGCUACGAUACGUUUGAGCUACUUCAUCUGGACAUCUGCGGGCCCAUGGAAAAGGAUUCGCUCGGUGGCAGCAAAUAUUUGCUGCUGAUCAUCGACGAAGCCAGUGGAUGCAUGAAGGGCUUUUGUCUACGAGUGAAGUCCGAGAGUGAAGACUACAUCCGGAAAUAUAUCACCAUGGUACAGACGCAAUUCUGUAAGAAGGUCAAGUUCGUGCGACACGACGGAGCUCGCGAGUUUGCAACCAACUCGCUUCAACUGUUCUACGAAGACGAAGGCAUUGAACAGCAGACAACGGUGCCGUAUGCACAUCAAACAAACGGAACAGCAGAGCGUGCCAUUAGGACUAUUGUCACGAUCGGCCGCAGCAUGCUUCAUCAUGCCAAACUGGACAAGUGUUUCUGGGCCGAAGCAGCGAUGACGGCCAUCUACGUCAAGAAUCGACUGCCGUCACCUAAAGUCGUGCACAAGACCCCGUUUGAGAUCGUCUACAACUCUAAACCAAGCGUCAAGCACAUGCGAACAUUCGGGUGUCAGACAUACAUACUGACGCCUAAAGAGAAUCGACUCAAGUGGGAUCCAAAGGCUCGCGCUGGCAUAUUCGUGGGCUACGAAGAAGUUUCGAAGGCAUGUUGA